CUCAGUCGCAGCGUGGAGGCGAAUGGACGAGCUCGCGCUGAGCGUCGGACCGGCAGCGGCAGCGGCGUCGGCCGAGCGGGUGUCGCCGGGCGGCGGAGGUGGGGACGCGGCCUCCGUCCUGGAGCUCGAGGGUGGCGGCGAUGCCGAGCCGCCGCGGGAGUGGGGGGCAGUGGCGGAGCCACCGCCGUGUUUCACCAGGGCUGCGGCGAACCCAGGCGGAGCCGUGCGCUUCCUGCCCCGCCGGGAGGCUGAGUUAGGAAGCGGUGAGCCGGAGUCGGGCGACUCGCCUUCUUCGCCGCCGCUAGUACUGUUGCUCUGCCCGGAGAAAGAGCCGCUGCUGAGCUGCCCGAGCCCGCUCGACGAGCAGCCGCAGAGCCCCGGCUGGCCGGGCGCUGGCGCCGAGUUCAACCACUUCCCCGAGGAUCCCGAGUUCGCCGACAUCGUGCUGAUAGCCGAGCAGGCCAUCGAGAGCGGCAUCUACCCGCAGCGCAUCUCGCAGGGGUCGAGCGGCAGCUACUUCGUCAAAGACGCCAAGGGGAGAAUAAUUGGAGUCUUCAAGCCAAAAACAGAAGAACCUUAUGGGCAAUUAAAUCCCAAAUGGACUAAAUUUGUCCACAAGAUCUGCUGUCCAUGUUGUUUUGGCCGUAGUUGUCUUAUACCUAAUCAAGGUUACUUAUCAGAAGCUGGUGCUUACCUGGUAGAUGAAAAAUUGGGGCUGGGAGUGGUACCAAAAACUAAGGUAGUUUGGCUUGCAAGUGAAACAUUCAACUACAGUGCAAUAGAUAGAGCAAAAUCCAGAGGAAAGAAAUAUGCUUUAGAGAAAGUGCCAAAAGUUGGUCGCAGGUUUCAUAGAAUUGGGCUGCCUCCAAAGGUUGGCUCCUUUCAACUCUUCGUAGAUAGUUACAAAGAAGCUGACUACUGGCUCCGAAGAUUUGAAACUGACCCAUUGCCAGAAAACACACGCAAGCAGUUUCAGUCUCAGUUUGAGAAAUUGGUGAUCUUGGAUUUCAUCAUCAGAAAUACAGAUAGAGGCAAUGAUAACUGGUUAAUGAAAUAUGAAAAACCAGAAAACAGAACAGAGUUUUGUGAUAAGGACUCUAAAUGGACGCAUUGCCAAGAACCAAUUAUUAAAAUUGCAGCCAUUGAUAAUGGAUUAGCUUUUCCAUUCAAGCAUCCUGAUGAAUGGAGAGCAUAUCCGUUUCAUUGGGCAUGGCUUCAUCAAGCUAAGAUUCCUUUUUCACAGGAGACGAGAGACUCUGUACUUCCCCGAAUUUCAGAUAUGAAUUUUGUACAGGAUCUCUGUGAGGAUCUCAAUGAACUCUUUGAGACUGACAAAGGAUUUGACAGAGCUACUUUUGAACUACAGAUGUCAGUGAUGAGAGGACAGAUUUUGAACCUUACUCAGGCACUUAAAGAUGGCAAAAGUCCCAUUCAGUUGGUUCAGAUGCCUCGUGUGAUUGUGGAACGAAGUAGUUCUGGAAGUCAAGGCAGGAUCGUUCACCUGAGCAAUGCCUUCACUCAGACAUUUCACUGCCGGAAACCUUUUUUCUCAUCUUGGUAAUGAAUGUAUAAAAGUUACUGGCCUUUUAAAUGAUUUCUAGCUGCCUGUUUCAUACCACUUUAAAAAUGCAAUAAGGUGACAGUGAAAGGGAGAAAACUUGAAUUCCACGUGUCGCCUUUUAAAAUGUGAAAAGGUGAAAGUUAUCUACUGUAAUUGCCAAAAAUAAUAGUUUUGGUGUAAUUAUCAGAUGUUAGAUACUGAAAGUAAAGUUUACAACUUUUUCAGCAUUAAAACGAGCAAUUUUUAGUGUCAGGAAACAUGAUAUACUGUCUUAAUGUAUUUUUAUAAGAUCUGCAUUAAAUUUUUUCAAAUGAGGCUGAAUUAUAUAUAUGGGCAGGGGUAUUCUAUAGGGAAUUUCUUGAAUAAAUAUGUCUGUUUAUAAGUUAAGACCAAAAGCUUUAAUUUCGUACAGAGGGUGAGAAUGACUUUGUAACUAGCACUGAUGAUCACUGUAUUUGUUAAAUUUAAAAAAACCAUUAAAACAAUGUUGAAACCAA